CUUUUGUGAAAAGUGAGUGGAAAACAAAAGUACUCAUCUGGUCUUUGAUCAUAAAAAAGUAGUCAUUUUCCACAUAGUAUUUCCUGGAUUGAUAGCUUUAUGUAUGGUGUUUUUGAAUUUGUCACAAUUCCUGAACUACCAGUUUCUGUGUUGCGCAUUAGUUAGCUAUUGCUAAUUGUGAUGAAGACACAAAGCAAUGCAUAAACGCCAACAAAAAGCUCUCCAUCAAACCCACGACAUAGAAGUAGAAAGAUUUGCAAGUCAAUAUAAGCAAACCAAUUAAGACAUGGCUAAUGUCAGAUUAUGUGGUUUGAAGCCUAUGCUCUUUGGACGAAAGUCAUGUGUUUCUGAGUCAAUGAAAAGCUCUACCACACCCAAGAAGUCUUCUAUGGCUCAGAAUGAAGGUCCAAUUGAGUGGUCAUUUGUUGGUGCGGACCAAUUGAUUUCAAUGAUGAAGGUCCAUAAAAAGAUCUUUGUCUUCAGGGACAUCAUGGACCUUGCUCCUCUGAAUAGUUCUGCUUCCUUACAUGAGAUGGUUAUUACAACCUUGGAAGACCUUCAAAGGCUUUACCCGGGUAUCAUACCAAACGAAAAAGUGUCAGAUAUCAAGGACAAGUCUAUAGAUCAGGGUCUUGCCUACUUCUGCCAGGCUUUAAAGUCUCUUGGAGAGUCUGGGAUGAUGAACAAUGAUUAUAUGGAAAAAAACAAUUACGAGUCACCAUCUUGUAAAAAUAACACCAAUAUGCGGCAACUGGGUGAAACUAUGUCGGCCACACUUGAUUGUUUGAUUAAUAUUGCUAGCGAAAAGUUUGAUAUCAGAGAAGAUGACCCAAAAAUUGGAAAAGUUAUGUCCAAGUCCAACUCCUUUUCUGAUAGCAGCUAUUCUCCUAUCACACCAAAAUCUGUCCUUCCAGAACCCAUGACCCCAAGACAUUCUAGUACCACACCACUUCGGUCUCUCAGAAUUCAAGCUGUGGCAAAGCUGAACCCAAUUGAUUUAAAGCGGUUAUCUUACCAUACGUCACCACCACACAUGGAAAUCUAUAAGUUAGAGAAGGAACCAAGUAUAAGCAUGGAAAUAAUAGAUCACAAAGCUGAAAAUCAUGGAAAAAACAUUUCACAAGAUAUAGUUCUUCACUUAGACACAACUAGUGAUCAUGGGGAAACAUAUGAUAAGCUAUCAGUAUCUCCCAAACCAUUAGAAACACCUACCCUGCAGAAAAAAGCACCAGGGUUGGUAUUGUCGCCACCACCACCACCCCUUCCCACAACAUACACUGUCCCAUUACUACCUCCAAUGCCAACACCACCAGUGCUGCAGCCAAAUAUGGCACUGCUGCCACCACCACCACUGUCUUUGGGCUCAAGUUCAGCACUAGCAUCACUGCCUAUACCACCAGUGCCUUUGAAAAUUGGAUUAGCUCCAGCACCUCCACCACCAAUGCCACGAGGAAACGGAGCUGCUGCUCCACCACCUCCUCCACCUGGAGCAGGGAGAUCCUUGCGGCCUAAGGCAACUACCAAACUGAAAAGGUCAACACAAUUAGGCAACCUGUAUCGAACCCUCAAGGGAAAAUUGGAAGGAUCUAGCCUCAAAGGCAAAUCAUCCGAUGGGAGAACCGGUGCAAUUGGAGCCGGAAGCACUGGAGGAAAACAAGGAAUGGCUGAUGCUCUAGCAGAGAUGGCAAAAAGAUCAUCUUAUUUUCAACAAAUAGAAGAAGAUGUUCAGAGGUACACAAAACAUAUCAUAGAACUGAGAUCUUCUAUUACCAAUUUCAAGACUAAGGAUAUGACAGAACUUGUUAAGUUCCAUAAAGAUGUUGAAUCCGUUCUUGAGAAUCUAACUGAUGAAUCACAAGUGCUAUCUCGGUUUGAAGGUUUUCCCUCAAAGAAGUUAGACGCUAUAAGAAUGGCUGCCGCACUUUAUCUUAGGUUGGAUUCAAUACUUUCUGAGCUUCAAAAUUGGAAUAUAGUGACUCCCAUGGGUCAGUUCCUUGACAAGGUUGAACGUUAUUUCAAUAAGAUAAAAACAGAAUUAGAUGGUUUGGAGCGAACCAAAGAUGAAGAAUCCAAGAAAUUCAAAGGCCACAACAUCGAAUUCGACUUCCACAUCCUUAUAAAAAUCAAAGAAGCAAUGGUGGAUGUUUCCUCCAAUUGCAUGGAGCUAGCACUAAAGGAAAGGCGCAAUGAUGCUGCUGCCAGAGGUUCAGGAUCAAACAUUAGUGAUGGAAAAAGAAAAGAAUAUGCUAAGUUGCUUUGGAGGGCUUUCCAAUUGGCAUUUCGGGUCUAUACAUUUGCUGGUGGACAUGAUGAUCGUGCUGACAAGCUGACAAGAGAAUUGGCUAAGGAAAUAGAGAGUGGCCCCAACCAGCCAUGAUCUUGCACAAGCUUAAUUUCUUGAUAUGCUUGAUACUACAAAUCAGCACUUUGUUUUCUCUCUCUUUCUGUUAGGGAGCUCUAAAUCAUGGUUUGAGCAAAAGCAAAAAAAAAAAAAAAAAACUUUUGCAGAAUCGUAGUUUGUGACUUUCUCGGCUACAAUACAAUUCAAACAAUAUAGAUGACUAAAAAUUUGUCAUGGUGAGGUUCUUCAUCUACAUAGUUAAAAAAAAUCAGGGUUUUGCUUUUUUCUUUUUUUAAACAAGUCCAUAUCCAUUUGUAUAUUAAAUUAUUGUUGGAGAAAUGGAGUUAUAAUAGUAUUUUAUUGGAGGUAGUCUUGCUUGAAGAGGUUCAAAAUCAAUUGCGGGAACUCUUGCUACUGGAAGUACGGGGCUAGACUUGGUGCUUCACAGCUCCCUUUAAAUUGUUUUUUCCUCUAUCUAUUGGUGUUUUUAAGUAAUGAAUUUCUCGUUCUCAA